ACCGCCACUUUUCGCCAUAGCAACAAGUGUUUAUUCUUGUUUGGUUUUGUUUGGCAUUGGAAAAUUAUUCUCAAAUUUAUGUUUGGUUUGAGAACGGGCUUAGCCUCGCCUGAGUCUAGUUUGGAUCCUCAUACUUAGAACAACAAAAGUAGGGGGGAAAAAGAGCAGAAGAGGUUCAGGUUUUCGGCAGGAGAGAAAGGAGAGCAUUUCCAAAACUCAGCAGAUUAAGCAGCAGACAUGGCGGGGUGCUGCUCAUUCCUCUCUUCAUGUUUCCGGCGUAAUCCUCCAGGUGCCGAGCAGAGCGGUGGUGAGAUUGGUCGGCCUGUGUCUUUACAACAGAACCAGGACCUUGGCACGGUUCCGGAGAGACGCACAAGAGUCAAGCUCUACUGUCAGACUGGAGGAUAUCACCUGAAGAUAGCUCAAGACGGAACAGUGUCUGGCGUGAGGGAGGAAGAUGACACAUACAUAAUCAUGAAGCUGCAGGCGGUGGGUGUUGGAGUUAUUCUCAUCCAAGGGGAAUCAUCGGAAAAGUACCUGUCCAUGAACGAUAAAGGAGACCUCUGCGGAAGAGAAACCGUGAAUGAUGAGUGUAACUUCUUGGAACAUAUUGAACCAAACGGCUACACAACACUUCGCUCCCAGAAAUACACCUGGUUUGUUGCUCUGAAGGCAAAUGGUACUCCUAUGAAGGGAACAGAAACCCACCAGGGUAUGAAGAACGUUUUAUUCCUGCCGAGACCAGCCUAAGCUCAAAUAAAAACCUGGAAAAACGCAGAAAGGAUUUUAGUUCACAUAAUUUUUAUGAAUGAUAUGCUGGACAAAUCAUUAUAAAGGUGACUUUGAAAGAGUUCAAAGGAACAACCCUAAAGUUUUUUUUUCCCACUACAGCUGAUUGAAAAUAUAUUUAUUAGACUUGGACUUAUUUUAUUGUCAUUGCACAAAAACAUAACAGUGUUGGCAACAAAAUGUCAUUGCUUGGCUACUAGAGCACACAGAAAUAAUGUAGCUUAUAUGCAUACUUAUAAGCUAAUAAAAAAUAGUCCCUAGUACAAAGCCUCCCUUCUCACUAAAAGGCUCCAGUGCAUGUCGCUGCUGCAGAAUGAGCAUUCACUGUGAGCCAUAGUUUGGUGCUGAGAGAAAGAAAUGUACAUCUUGCUCACAAAAUAACUUUAAAGUUGGUUGUGUCUGGAACAAACAGUAUAAACUGAACACUGGUUUUAAGACGUGCAGUUCAGGGGAUGAUUGUUUUGUAAUUAAUCUAAAUUGGGGUGAAGUUGCGGUUCUAAUUGUUUAAUAAAUCAUCUAUUCCUGGAACCACUUUUAUAUGUGCUACAGAGCCACUCAUGGCAACAACAAACCAUAUAUGUUGCUGUACUGAAUGGAAGCUAUUUGAAUCUGGUCAGAAGAAGACAGAUGAAGAAGUUUCUCUGAAAACCUGUUUGGAUUUCACAAUAGGUUGUAACUUUGUACUGGCUUGAUGGUAAGUGUAAUUCUAUGUGUUUUUUUACCAGUAAUCAAAUGUUAUUUUACCCUCAACAUUGUGACAAAUAUUUUCAGUACAUAAUGUGAUUUAAUGUAUUUUUUAAAAUUGUAAAAGUAUCAUCUGGAUGGAAUGGCUUAUGAUUCCAGUCAAGUUUCUUCUCAGGCAGAACUGUGAAAAUGAAUAACAGCUGGGUUGUUUUGAUGACUCUUUUGAAAGGUGAUUAAAGCUCUUUAUAACUGUUUAUCGCUCUGGCAGCAAAAUCUCUGCUCCACUUCUUGAACUUUUGUUGUUCAACAUUAAACACAGUUAAAAAGAAAAAUAAAUCAAC